AACAAAACUCACCUACUACACGCGACACUUUCUGGGUUAGGCUUCAGCAUAAGACAAAAUAAAACCUCAAUUUUCUCGCGUUUGUCUCGUGAAAUUUUCCCGGAAAGCGUUGCCUAGAAAACUGCACGAUCUCCGAGGAAGCUUAACCAGCUACCCUCAUCAAGCCUCUUAUCCUCUUCUCCCUUUUCGGUCCUUGAGGGCACAGAAACAAUUGAUCAAGUAAAACACCGGAAAUUUUUUUCUUUGCUUGCUGUCAUCGGGAGAAGGGAAUUUUAAUCUCGAAUUGUGAUCCAACGGAGUUGCUUUAAGUUAUGCACUGAACUGGCAAGAGGGGUCUAUGGUGAAUUGGGUUAUGUAUGUAAGCUUGCAUUUUUCUCUUUGGACGCCAAGAUGAUGCUGUCGAAAAUUGGUUCUACAAAUACUGAUGAGGAUGGAAAUUCAAAUAAUGCUCAAUUGUUGCGAGACAUUGAGGCAAUAAGCAAAGCCCUAUAUUUGCAGAAAACCCCACAAAAGCCUUUGAUUUCUCCAUCCCCUAUUCGAUCCAAAUCUGUUGAGAAACCUCGGUUAUCAGAAUCAAAAUCAAGCCUGAGCCCAAGAACUGUUGAUACUAGGGCGACGUAUGGGAACAAGAAAUCAUCAUCAGUAUGGAAUUGGAAGAAGCCCUUAAAAGCUUUAGCCCAUAUUCGGAGUCAAAAGUUCAAUGCCUGUUUCUUUCUACAUGUGCAUUCAAUUGAAGGUUUGCCUCCGGGCUUUGAUGAUAUGAAUUUUUCUGUGCACUGGAAAAGAAAGGAUGAGGUUUUGCAGACCCGUCCAUCGAGGGUCUUGAAGGGAAUUGCAGAAUCUGAUGAGACUUUGAUGUAUAACUGUUGUGUUUAUGGUAGUAGAAGUGGACCUAACAAUUCAGCGAAGUAUGAAGAGAAGAUUUUCUUGAUUUAUGCAUCUGUAAUUGGGCUUCCAGGUGUUGAUAUGGGAAAGCACUGGGUAGAUCUCACAAGGCUGUUACCACUCACUUUGGAGGAAUUAGAGGGGGAGAAAAGCACUGGUAAAUGGACUACUAGCUUUAAACUCACAGGCAAGGCUAAGGGGGCUACCCUAAAUGUUAGUUUAGGUUACUCUAUAGUCAGGGACAAUUUCAUUGAAACAGGAAGGAAUAUGAAUGUCUCUGAGCUUGUAAACUUAAUGCACAAUAGGUCAUGUAUGGAAGACAAAAUAACAGGUGUGGUGCAAACUAACAACAAUGGGAUGCUUCAGCGGGUCGGAAGUGUUCCUUGUGAUUCAAAGCACUGUUCUCAUCUUUCUUCUCAGUCUGUUGAUGUAAAGAUUUGUGAUGAAGUUUCACGAAACCUGGGUUUGGAACUAUCCAAGUCAAUAAACUCUUUAUAUAAGAAACUUAACGAGGUGAAAUUGCAUAGUUCAGAAGAUAUUCAUACCAUACCUGAAAAUCUGCAGCCACCCAAAUUAAAGACUGGUUUGGAAUUUGAGUUGGACGAAGAUACCAGUGGAGAUGAUUAUGAUAGCAUUGAGUUCACUAUUAUUGAGAAGGGAAUAGAAAUGCCUAGAAAGGAAGACUUGGAAUCAGAAGAGUCUGAUGUUCAACUACGUGAUGGUUCUAGAAUUGAAACUAUUGAUGUGGAAGAAAUUGUUAAGGAUGAUGAUAUAGAGCUUGAUGGGAAGACUAUGUUUCAUUUAGAGGAUAACUUCUGUGAUAAUUAUGUGGAUGUGGUUUUAGUGGAUGAUUGCAAACAUGAAGGGAGUAGUUUUCAUAAGAAGGGAUCUAGCAUGGAAGAUCUGGAGUUAGCUAUCAAUAGCUUCUUAACUUCACAAUCUGAAAUUUUGGAAUCCCCACUUGCAAUUGGUGAUUUUUUAGAGCAGGAGAGUUACAUGGAUACUAAAUCUAACUACAAGGCUGGGAAAUCAGUAAAGAGAUCUCUUAGCUUGGAUGAAUUCACAGAAUCUGUAGCAAAUGAUUUCUUAAAAAAUCUGGGGAUUGAGCAUAAUCCCUUUGGUCCGGCUUCAGAUGGUGAUCCUGAGUCUCCUAGGGAGCGUCUAUUGAGAGAGUUUGAAGAAGAGGCCAUAGCUUCUGGAAGCUUUCUUAUUGAUUAUGACAAAGAAGUAAAGCAAGAAGAAUUUGGUUGUAUUGCUUCAAUGAGAUCUGAUUGUGGAGAUCCUCCUGAAGAUUUUGGUUUAGAUAUGGCUAUUCAGGCUACUGAGGAGGAGCACCAAAGGGCUAGCCAAUUGUUUAGUAGAAGAAGGAAGGCCAAAUUGCUUGAAGAUUUGGAGACUGAAACUCUAAUGAGACAAUGGGGCUUAAAUGAGAAAUCCUUUCAAAGAUCUCCACGCUAUUGCUCAGAUGGAUUUGGGAGUCCAGUUGAGCUUCUUCCUGAGGAGCGUGUCAAAUUACCUCCACUUGGAGAUGGCUUUGGACCUUCUGUCCAGACAAAGGAUGGGGGUUAUUUGCGGUCCAUGAAUCCUUCUAUUUUCAGAAAUUCUAAACAUGUUGGUAGCUUGAUCAUGCAAGUUUCCCAUAUAGUUGUGCUACCUGCAGAAAUGGGAUCCGAUAUUAUUGAGAUAUUACAAUAUUUGGCAUCAAUUGGAAUUGAGAGGUUGUCCCAGCAGGCAAAUAAAUUAAUGCCUUUGGAAGAUAUCACUGGGAAGACGUUGCAACAAAUAGCCCAUGAUGCUGCUCUACAUGUUAGGCAGACUUCCCUGCAUCAUGAAUCAUUGUUUAGUACUCCGAUGGCCUCACACCAUGCAACGCUUGAAUAUCUUGCUUCUUUAGCAAUGGAUAAGUUUGAAUCCAUGUUAAUUGAAGGGUUGAAAAUUCAGUCAAGGAUGUCAGAGGAAGCACCAUCAAGCAUUUGUGCCAAAGCUAUUGAAACUAUGCUAGAUUUUGAAGGGAGGAGUGCUGAUCUAGAUUUGUCUCUCAGUUCAGAAGGGGCUGCAGAUUUGCAAGCACUUGAUCCUAGAGAUAGUGGCAAUGAUAUUGGCAGAUUAUUGGAUCUUUCUAUAACAUUGGAGGAGUGGUUAAGGCUUGAUGCUGGUGUCAUUGGUGAUGGAGAACAAGUGAGCGAGCGCAUAUUAAAGAUCCUUGCAGCUCAUCAUGCUAGGCUCAUGGAUUUUAGUUACGGAAAAUUGACAAGAGACAUUAGUUGGGAUGAAGCAUGUGGUAGAAGUCAUGGUUUGUUGGGGAACAACCUUACUUUAGCUCUAAAGGUGUUGCUUAGAGACCCUUUUCGAAACUAUGAGCCAGUUGGUGCCUCAAUGCUUGCUCUUGUUCAAGUGGAGAGGUCUUCUUUCCAUCUUAAUCCAAAAAUUGAUGGCAUAACAUCAGAAAGAAGCAACAAUGAAAAAGAGGAUCAGGAACGUAUCGAAGGGGAAGAUAACUGUGGCAACAGAUUGGAAGAGGAAAAAGAAGAGGAGAGCUCACAAGGGUUUAAAAUCACAGAAGUUCACCUUUCAGGAUUGAAUGCUGAACCUGGGAAGACAGAGCAUUGGGGUACCAAAAGGCAGCAACAAUAUGGGACCCGCUGGCUUCUUGCUAGUGGCAUGACGAAGUCCUCCAAUCAAUCAUUUUCACAAUCCAGCGCCAUUGUAGUAGCAAACCCAAGGAUGACGAGAAAGGCACAGAAUGAUGAUUUCUUAUGGAGCAUAAGCUCUCAUGCUAAUGACACAGAAAGUUGUUGGAAGGAUUUUUCAGGAUUUGUUCCCCACAUACGAAACCCCAAUGUCAUAUUUCCUAAAUGAAAUCAGGCUAAUUCUGGAGAGUUUAGGUGCACUUCUUUUCUUCUUCUUCUUCUUAUUAUUAUUUUGGGUUAAUAAAGCAUAUUUGUAUAUUUUUGUUAAAUAUAGCUAAGUACUAGAGCUUUUCAAGGCAUAGAUUAGAUAAAGAAGGAAUCAGUUUCAGUCUUGAGGACGACCAAGUGAAACUGCUGAGAUCAAAGCUUUAUUGCCCUUUUGAUGUGUUGAUUUAAUGCAGUAUUUGCUUUUAUUUUGUCA